UCUUGUCUGAUGCUCUCAGUUGUGUGGAGAGUGCCUUGAAAUAUUAGCACUACUGUUUUGGGAAUGAGAAAAAAGACCAGUCGCAACAGAGGACAUUCUUAUCCCUCAGGAAAAAAAAUACCACUGCAAAUCAGUAAAGUAAAAAAGUGAAUUGUAUAAUAACCAAACCAACCAUUUAUGCUUCAUUGCUGAGAGCACAGAGCGGCACUUCAAGUUGUUCAACAUGGACCAGUAAAGAAUAUCAAGUGAGUUAUUCCAAUGGUUUAUCAUUGGGAAGAAGUCUGAUUUCCAUCAUCUUAAGAUCAGUUCACCAAAUAGUUGGCUUUUAUCUGAGAAAAGUGAAAGUAGAAGAAGACUAUAAACUGGAGGGGGGGGAAAUCCAGUUUCUUAACAGUGAAUAGGAAACACAUGGCUCAACAAUGCAGCAGACACCAAGAGAUCUACCCCAAGAACUCAUUUUCCAGGUUCUGCAAUCCAGAAAAUGACUCCAUUCCUUCCAUGUCCAUCAUAAACAUCAAGAGAUGGCUCCUAGCCUUCUGCCUCUUGAUGUCCUUCAGAGAAAUUUUGUCUCAGGAUUGUAACGAUCUCCGCCAUGAACUAAAUGGAGCCAACAAAGCAAACUUGGAACUUCUGAACGUCAAAAUGGGAUCAACCAUUCCCCUGCAAUGUGUAGAUGAUGUAAUCAAUUUCUCAUCCAAACCCAAUGAAGAGAGUCUCCCAAGCAUUUAUGAUUUCGAAGAGGAAAAUGCCACAGUGGCCAUAGAUGAAAUCCUCCAACAGAUAAGUUACCUCUUCAACCAAAACCAUACCAAAUUGUCCUGGGAUGAGAACUCCAUUGCCACUUUCAAACUUGGAGUGGACAAUGAAAUCAAGAAAUUGACACCGUGCUUGAGUGACAGCAUAGAUGAGUUGAGAGAUAAAGUGAGAAAAUACUUUGAACGAAUCAAUAACCUCCUGAAAGAAAAGGAAUAUAACCUGUGUGCCUGGGAGAUUGUUCAAAUGGAAGUUAGGCAGUGCUUAAUAGUGGUUGAUCAACUCAUCUCAAGGAUCCCCAAAAAAGCUCCUGUUAUAAUAUUGGAGGUGAAUGAGACAGAUACUCAGCCAGCAAAAGAGACUCCCGCGCCAUGUACUGCACAAGCAGGCUCAAAUGCAGAGACCAACCAGGAGGUUCAGCUAGAGUUACCUGCAGUCUUAGAUACAGUGAUGCAACAGCGACAGCUGAAUGAACGUACCAACAUGAAGGCGCCGACCUGAUCAUCCAGCUUUCACCAGUGUUCUUCCCGUGGCAUAGCUCUAGGGAGACAAAUCUUUCCACUUCACCUGUUACAAUUGUUUUACUAAGUUGAAAAUACUGUCAUCGAAUUCUGAAAAAUGCAAUGCUACACUGAAGCCCUAGACAUAAAAUAGACAAAAAUACAAUAUACUAGAGAAAGACCAAAGAUAUGAUCUUUCACCAUUUUUUACAAGCAUGCUUUAAACUGCGACUGAAUCCCGUUUGCCUUGAACGUAGCCAACAUGUUCAGUCCCUCAGAGUUGUCAGCUGUAAGGUUGCAUCCACUUAAGCCCAACAAAUAUAAUAUAAUUGAUUCCAAAGGUCUGUAUCUGUCAAAAGGGCUGUAAGCUUUAUUCAUAUUGUCAGUCAACCUGAAUAUGUGAAGUUGUUUAAUGCCCUUGUUUAAUCUCAUUUAUUUUUUGUCUUCCUUUAAAUAUUGCUUCUGCCAAAUAUUAAAAUGACAUUUUUAUUAAAAACUUUCCUAACUGUA